GGAAGCUCUCGCCGACGCCGAGCCGGUGCUGAGCGCGGACGUGCGGCUGACCCGGGGCCGCAAGAGGAGCGAGAGACGCCUUCUCCUCCUCCAGGAGGAAGUGGUGGUCGCCAAGUUGCAACGUGGCACCACCCUGCGCCCACAGCUCCGCCUGGCCCUGGACCAGCUGUGGGUGCUGAGCAGCGGAAAGGAGGCAGCGGGGGAGGAAAAAGAGGAGGAGGAAGGCAGCGAUGAGGACAGGACCUCCAUCAUCCUCAUCUGGCCCACCAGCUCCUGCGUUGCCACUUUUGGCUCCCAGGCACUGAAGGAGCAGUGGGUGGGCACACUGCUGGGGACACCAGGAGGAGCAAAGAGAGCCCGAGUGACCCGUCUGCCCUCCCUCAGACCCCUGGAGAAGGAGCUGAGCUGCCGCCACGCCUGGAGGACAUUCAGCGCCAGGAGCCUAGAGAGGCUGAUGGAGGGCCACGCAGAGGUGAGAAUGGCUGCCUUUCACCCGCCUCUGGCUGUGCCGGCGUCUGCGGCCAGCGAGGAUCAUCCCAAGCAAGGGCCACCGACAGCCCCGUCUAUCAAAGCUGGGGGACUUUGCCGCUCACCAGGUGAGUUCUGGAAAGAAACGCAUUGUCCUGCAAACGGUUGAGCUGUGCUGACUUGUCCCUUGAGUGUCGCCGUGCAGGUGCGGCACCCCAAGGGAGGACGUCACCCUGGACGAGCAAGGACACCCGCUGGGCAGCAGCCGCUGGACGUGGUUCUGCGGGGACCCAGAGCCUCUCCUGCCUGCCCACAGCUUGGAGGAGGGCAGGGC